CAAGUGCCCAUUCUUUCUAUAAUAGCCAUCUAAUUCCAUACACUCGUAUAUGUCUUGUUCUGCUACAAAACCACAAGUGCCCAUUCUUUCUAUAAUAGCCAUCUAAUUCCAUACACUCGUAUAUGUCUUGUUCUGCUACUUCAACUUUGACAAUGUCUGGUGAGCAACAGUCUUUCACACUCAAAAUAGAGAAAGAACAUGAACACCGCUCCCAGAGAGUUAAGUCUCUGGAUUUCCAUCCAACAAAGCCAUGGAUUCUAACAAGUUUACAUUCAGGAACAAUAUGUAUCUGGAACUACCAAUCACAAGUUAUAGAGAAAUCUAUCAAUGUUACAGAAUCACCAGUAAGGUCAGCAAAGUUUGUAGCACGUGAGCAAUGGAUUGUUGCAGGAGCUGAUGAUAAGUUUAUUCGCGUAUACAAAUUCAAUUCUGAUGAAAAGAUUAAAGAAUUUGAGGCGCACACAGAUUAUAUCAGAUCCAUAACCGUGCAUCCAACACUUCCAUAUGUGUUGUCAGCAUCUGAUGACACGCUUAUAAAGCUCUGGGACUGGGAGAAGGAUUGGGCGUGCGCUCAAGUCUUUGAGGGACAUAGCCAUUAUGUAAUGCAAGUAGCAUUCAAUCCAAGAGACACCAACACCUUUGCGAGUGCAUCACUUGAUUGCACGGUCAAGAUAUGGGAUCUUGACACACGUACUCCAACUUUCACUCUCGAGGCGCAUUCAAACGGGGUUAAUUGUGUCGAUUUCUUUGCAAAUAGUGAUAAAGCCUAUCUAAUCAGUGGCUCUGAUGAUCAUGAUGUUAAGGUGUGGGACUAUGAGACCAAAACUUGUGUCCAGACGCUAGAAGGCCACACACACAAUGUUACAACAAUAUGUGUUAGUCCAGAAGUUCCCAUUAUUUUUACGGGUUCAGAGGAUGGGACUGUUCAUGCGUGGCAUGCAAUGACUUUCAGGCUUGAAAACUUGCUGAAGUAUGAACUUGGAAGAGUUUGGGCUAUCGGUUGCAUUGAACGUUCACCCAAGAUUGUAAUUGGUUGCGAUGAAGGAACCAUUAUGGUAAAGGUUAUGUGUUCUCACAAUUGGGAUUAUGUGAAUCGUCAGAUUGAGGAGGAAGACUCGAAUGAAUAACCAAGUCGUUAUGUUGAUGCUACGGAGGAAUACUAGAAAGAUUAAUAGCUAUUGUUAAUGCUUUUACUACUACUUCUGUGGUGUGUUUGAAUGAAUAAUUUGUCUAUCUUCCUGGUGGGUGGGAGACUUGAAGAAAUUAUGUUGUCUACUACUACUACUACAAUGGUGUGUUUUGAAGCAAUCUCGAGGAGAGAGAACAUAUCUUGGUCGAAAGAAUUAUACUUGAUUACUAAUUUUACAUAAUUUCUUAGA